UGCAAUAAACAGUUUUCAAAUUUUUAAGAAAAAAAUAGGUGAGAGAAUAAUUUGCCUUUCCCUCCAUUCAACGUGGUAAUUAUCGUGAUUGAAUCUUCGCAUACAAAUCAGAAGUAAUGUAUGCAGCGCCGCCUCCGGCGCCGGCGAUCUCGGACGGCGGCGUUGCCGGAGAUCCCGCUGGUCCUUCGCUGGUCAGAACAUACCGCACCUGGAAAGGCAAUAAUGAAUUUUUUCUUCAGGGGAGGCUUAUAUUUGGACCUGAUGGGAAAUCUAUAUUUUUGACAAUCUUUCUUAUCGUUGCCCCUGUUGCUGCUUUCACUGCUUUUGUGGCUGUGAAUUUGUUGGAUGAUUUUCCUUAUCACUCGGGAUAUUCAAUAUUGAUCGUAGUUAUUGUUCACACAAUGUUUGUUCUGAUCACACUUCUACUGACCUCAGGAAGAGAUCCUGGCAUAGUGCCUCGCAAUGCUUAUCCUCCAAUGCUAGAUGAAAGUGAUGGGAGUUUCCAUAUCAACAAUGAACAAAACCCACGGCAACAUUUGCCACGAGCAAAGGAAAUAAUUGUGAAUGGAGUAUCUGUGAAGAUAAAAUAUUGUGACACCUGCAUGCUGUAUAGACCUCCCCGCUGUUCUCAUUGUUCAGUGUGUGAUAACUGUGUGGAACGAUUUGAUCAUCACUGCCCAUGGGUGGGUCAGUGCAUUGGAUUGCGAAAUUACCGGUUCUACUACAUGUUCGUUUUCUCUGCAACACUUCUUUGCUUCUAUAUUCAUGGAUUUUGCUGGGUCUACAUUGCGAAGAUCAUGGACUCACAUGAAGUAUCAAUUUGGAAAGCAAUGAUCAAAACUCCUGCUUCCAUUGCACUCAUAAUAUACAGCUUCAUUUCAGUUUGGUUUGUUGGUGGCCUCACUGUUUUCCAUACAUAUCUAAUCAGCACAAAUCAGUCUACAUAUGAAAAUUUUAGAUACAGGUACGACGAACAAGUCAACCCUUAUGACAAAGGGAUAGUUAAGAACUUCAAAGAAAUAUUCUGCUCUGCCAUUCCACCAUCCAAGAACAACUUCAGGUCUAAGAUUCCACUUCCAAAGGAAAUAUCAGAUUCAUCUAGAAGAAGGGUUGUUGAAUCCCUGAGCCCUAUGGUGAGAAAAACAGAAGAUGAUAUAGAACUAGGGGUGCCAGUUUACAAUGAGGUUGAGGAGGAAAGUGACUAUAAAGAUGAAUUUAGCAAUGAUGAGGAACUUGGCAAGGGUAGUGAGAUAAGUGACAUGUCCGUGGAUUUAAGUAGGAUACUUCACACGGAAGGGGGGCAGAGACAAGUUGCUUCAAUUCUAAGGCACUCAUUGUGGGAAAGGAGCAGCAGAAAGUGGGACGCAAGUCCUAAAGUUCAGGACAGGAUCACCAGUGACAGUAGUGAUGAGCCUAGUGGUGGCAACUAAACAAAAGCGGCUCCAUAAAUGUAAGAAAUUCAAAGAUGUAAAUUAAAAUGGAUUUUCGAAUGUGUGUGCUCAUAGUAAAUUUUUAUUAGAAAUUAUAAUAUUUAACAGAAUCCAAUACAUCGACAACAUUAAAUGAUACAAUUUUUAAUUAAAAAUUUGUUAUUUAUUAAAUUUUUAUUCUGUAUCUUUGGACACAUUAGAAAAAGUAAAAUUAAAAUUACAAAGUUGGUUGGG